UUAUCUUUCGUUAAAAUCACGGUGUACUGUUUCUAAUUUUUGAAUCUAGUAUUAUACGAUUUAUUAUUGGUGUUAAACUUCAUUUUAUUAGUUUAAUACGGAAUCCAGCGGAAGGUUACGGCAAUGAUGCUACGACAUUCGCUAUUCUCACGGUGUGGAAUAAUUUCGUCCAGUAAUUUACGUUACCUAAGCUACAGCUCGCCAGCAGAAGACCGGUUCUACGAUGUCGUGGUGGUUGGUGGUGGCCAUGCCGGAACCGAAGCUUGCAGUGCAGCAGCACGGAUGGGUGCCAAGACUCUACUGGUAACGCACAAGAAGUCAACCAUAGGCGAGAUGUCUUGCAAUCCGUCAUUCGGUGGGAUCGGUAAGGGUCAUCUGAUCCGGGAAGUAGAUGCCCUCGAUGGAGUAUGUGGGCGUUGCUGUGAUAAGAGUGGUGUUCAGUACAAGGUGCUGAACAAACGCCGGGGACCGGCAGUUUGGGGUCCUCGUGCGCAGAUCGAUCGGAAAAUGUACAAAGCGGAAGUGCAGAAAGAACUGGCUGCUACAGCGAAUCUAGAAAUUGUCGAAUCCUCAGUAGAAGAUAUUAUUCUUGAUAGAGCCGAAGGCGAAUGCAAAGCUAGAAUUACUGGAAUAAGUUUGAAGAGUGGAGACGUGAUUAGAACCAAAUCGCUGGUUAUCACGACGGGGACGUUUUUGCGAGGACAGAUAAACAUUGGACUGAAAACGAUGCCGGCUGGCCGGAUAGGAGAUGAACCGGCUAUUGGAUUGGCUAGAAGUUUGGAAGAGUUAGGUUUUAGAUUAUCUCGACUGAAAACCGGUACGCCGCCUCGAAUUAAGGCUUCUUCAAUCGAUUUUAGUUCCCUGGAACGACAUCCGGGCGAUAACCCACCCGUUCCUUUUUCUUUUAUGAACAAUCGAGUAUGGCUUAAUGGGGACGAUCAGCUUGAUUGUUUCUUGACUCACACUAGCCAAGAAGUGAAUGAUAUUGUUCGGAGGAAUCUUCACUGCAAUCGUCACGUGACGGAAGAAUUGACCGGACCUCGAUAUUGUCCGUCGAUUGAAUCUAAGGUGCUACGAUUUGGUGGAAAGACUCACCAAAUAUGGCUUGAACCAGAAGGGUUCGAUAGUGAGUUGAUCUAUCCUAACGGGUUGUCCUGUACACUUCCGGAGGAGGAACAGGUCAAAUUGGUACGUUGUUUGCGUGGUUUGGAGAGGGCAGAAGUAGCUCGUCCGGGAUAUGGUGUGGAAUAUGAUUUCGUUGAUCCGAGGGAACUGUUCCAAACACUGGAGACGAAGCGAGUUGAGGGGUUGUUCUUUGCCGGGCAGAUAAAUGGGACAACCGGAUACGAGGAGGCGGCUGCACAGGGAGUUUUAGCAGGAGCGAAUGCUGCUGCAAAAGUGCUGAAUCGAGAGCAACUGAUGAUUAGUCGGACGGAAGGUUACCUAGGAGUGCUGGUAGACGAUUUGACUACGUUGGGGACAAAUGAACCCUAUCGAAUGUUUACCAGCAGGGCGGAGUUUAGACUUAGUCUACGACCGGACAAUGCGGAUUUGCGACUAACGGAGAAGGGUUACGUGCUUGGGUUGGUUGCGGAGGAACGAUAUCGAAAAAUGAUCGCCAUGCGAGAUAGGUUAAGCAGAGCAAUUGAAUUACUCAGUGAUAUCAAAAAAGGAAGCAACACGUGGCGACAGAAGUUGGGACUUACGCUGGGUAAGGCUAGUAUUCAUAAAAGUGCUUUUGAAAUGCUGGCAAUCACUGUGGAAGAUAUCAUAACGGAACAUUUGUGUGACUUAGAACCGACGAUGCUUGGCUGGAUAAAAGAAGAUUCUUUGCUGUGUGAAAGAUUGAAGAUUGAAGCAUUGUACAGUCUGUCGAUUCUGGAUCAAGCCAAAGAGGUUGAAGAGGUUCAAAAGCAUGAGUUACUCCAGAUUCCAAGAUCAAUCGAUUAUCUGUCGAAAUCUCUGAAUCUCUCCUUCGAAGAACAAGAAAAGUUAGUUAAUAUUCAGCCUCAAACGAUCGCUGCUGCAAGUCGAAUACAAGGCAUCACUCCGUCCACCAUCGUACGACUGGUAAGAUUCGUCAAACAGUACGAAAUGGCAGCCCAAUGUUGAUCUUGUUCCCAAAGUUCAAAACUCUUACACAAGGAAAUAUGCUGUACACAAUAUAAAAAAUAGUCAAAGCUGAAUAAAUAAAUAAUUGUAUAUAUACACACACAAAAUACACA